AUGCGAUUAUGUGUUCUAUUUGGUACUUGUGGUUCCUCUUUUUGUCGUGUUUAUAGUCGCACAGUAUCUCAUUGCCGGCCACAAUCCCAAUCAAAUCCCUAUUCCCUUGAACAAUCAACCAUUCGGAUUUCCCAUUACAACUAGGGUAAUCAUGCUCUUCAAUACAGUUCAAUGCAAUUCAAUUCAAACUUCAGGAUGCCCGUCAGCCGUACGUCUACAGCACUCUUCCCUCUUGCGACGAGCUCACAGUCGAUCCACAGUUGAAUUUGACGAUGGAAUGGAGGAAAAUGAAAGAGUGCCAAUUCUCGCUUCUUCAGCGAUUCUUCGGAAAUCCCGAAAGUGUCCUCCCGAACUUUGUAUCAGUUUUGUACGUUUGUGAUGACGUUUCUGAAGUGAGUAGGAUUAUAAUUAAAGAGUUUUUAACUGCCAGAAGGCCAUACUAUGCGGCGCUGCCCAAAUGUGUAAGUGACAAAGAGCCAUCAAAGAUUUUGAGUUGAUUUUCAGCGAGCAGAAACUGUACUUCUGAAUCUGGGAAUUGAGGAAGACGAUUCUGUUGCGCAGAAAAUGAAAGAAGCUGUCGAGAAUCUGAAACUCUACGGAACAAGUCCAAAUGGAAGAACUAGCAACAUUUACGACAAAGUGUUCCCAAUCGCGAUUGCCCAAAAUGAUAGUGAUGUGAGUGUGAUCACCGAGAAUGGGGAGAUUGGAAGAGAGUCGAUGAAAGCAACCGGACUCGAGAAGUUUCUGAAAACAGAGUUGAACAAUAUGAAGUUCAUCGAUAUUCUGUGGAUCAACUUCGAGAAUGGUCCAUUCGAAUACUGGAAGUUUGUCAAUCCGGAUGAACUUUUCGACAAACUCGGACUAACUUUGUGUCAAAUCGGAGUGGAAAUGAGAUCAGAUCAGCACCAGAACUUCUACGCGUUCAUGCUCUCCGUGCUCAACAAGCGCCGGUACAUUUUCCUGAAACCGACGACGAACUCAGACGAAUCUGUGGUGAGGGUCAUACUGGUUAACAUUGUGAAUAAGGAGUGCUAUCGAAAGUACGUUUUGUAA